CUUAUAAAUUUUGACUCCUUAUGUCUACACUUAGGACCUUGGUGUGACUUGCAAGUCAUUUUCUCAAAUUUGAAAAUUUUGCUUUGUUUUCUUAGAAGCAUAGGUUUGUUUUGUUAGAGUAAUUGAAAUAUGGACUAAUGGUUGGUUUAUUCUUUCAUGAUAUUGUACUAUAGGUAUUUAUUGUGUAAAUUUGUUUUAUAGUUAUGGACAAGAGUUGGAUGGACAUUAGAGAUAGGACAUCUGUGGAAUAUAGAACUGGAGUUGCACAAUUCUUGAAUUUUGCAUCUCAACAUGCACAACGAGAUGGUACAAUUGUUUGUCCAUGUCGAAAAUGUGCACAUUCAACAAUGUUGGCUAUAGAUGUUGUACGAAUUCAUCUAGUAUCACAUGAGAUUUGUAGGGGUUAUCGACGUUGGACUUUUCAUGGGGAAUCAUCAUCUAGAAAGACUUCUGUUAGAACUCCUAGUACUUUUGUCCAAGAAAACUCAAAUGAAAAUAGUAAUAUUCAUGAAAUGUUGCAUCACAUGUUCCCUAUGCAUGAUAUGGUACCCGAACCAAUGGAAGAAGAUAUGGCAUCAGAUCCUAUGGUAGGAGGCCCUGGUGUGGAACAACCUACACAAGGUCCUAACGAAGAGUCACUCCAAUUUCUGAAAUUGCUCAAAGAUGUUAAGGAACCUUGUUAUGAAGGUUGUACAAAAUUUAGCAAAUUGUUAGUCAUUGUGUAUUUGUACCACUUGAAGUGUUUACUUGGUUGGAGUAACAAAUCAGUCACCUUCUUGCUUCAAUUUUUGCAAGAGCUACUACCUUCAAGUGCGAAGUUGCCAAAAGACUGUUAUGAGGCAAAAAAAAUUAUUAAGGAUUUGGGUUUGAGUUAUGAGAAGAUUGAUGCUUGCCCCAAUGAUUGUAUGUUGUUUUGGAAGGAAAAUUCCAACCUUGAAGCUUGCUCAAAUUGUAACCAUUCAAGGUGGGCAAGCAACGAGGCCGAAGUUCCAAAAAAUACGAAUGCUCCUUCCAAGAAGGUAAAGAAGAAAGCUGCAAAGAUCUUAAGGUGGUUCCCUUUGAAGCCAAGGUUGAAACGAUUGUUUAUGUCUCCUGAAGUAGCUCCCCACAUGAAAUGGCAUGUUAAUGGUCGUACAAAUGACGGGUUAAUGAGGCAUCCUGCUGACUCUAAAGCUUGGAAGUCAUUUGACUCUAAGUAUGUAGAAUUCUCAUCUAAGCCUCGUAAUGUUAGACCUGGAUUAGCAGCUGAUGGAUUCAAUCCGUUCUCCAAUAUGAGUACUGCUCAUAGUACUUGGCCUGUCAUGUUGGUCCCAUACAAUCUUCCUCCUUGGAUGUGUAUGAAAAGGGCUUAUUUCAUGUUAUCACUAUUGAUUCCUGGUCCAACCUCUCCUGGGAACGAUAUAGAUGUGUACUUACAACCCUUAGUACAAGAACUCAAGGAAUUAUGGGAUGUUGGUGUAGAAACGUUUGAUGUGUCUUCCAAUAGCUCAUUUCAAAUGCAUGCAGCGUUGUUGUGGACUAUAAAUGAUUUUUCAGCAUAUGGUGAUAUUUCAAGUUGGAGUACCAAAGGUGCUCUUGCAUGUCCUUCUUGUAACUAUGAUCCUCAAUCUCGUUGGUUAAAACAUGGAAGAAAAUUCAGCUAUAUUGGACAUAGACGAUUCUUGGAUAGUGAUCAUGAAUUUCGUAAUCAUGAUAAGGAGUUUGACGGGCGUAAAGAUUUCAGUCAAGCUCCUGUUGUAGUUUCAGGAAGUGAAAUCAUUGCGCAAACAGAAGCUGUGGUUGAUGUUGUUUUUGGGAAGAAAAAAGUUAAUUUGACGAAUAAGAGAAAAAGAGGGGAGGAAGCCUUGUGUAUAUGGAAGAAGAGAAGUAUAUUUUUUAGCUUGCCUUAUUGGGAGAACCACUUGUUGCGUCACAAUCUUGACGUGAUGCAUAUAGAAAAAAAUGUGGUUGACAAUGUAAUUGGCACAGUGUUGAACAUGGAUGGAAAGACGAAGGAUAACUUAAAGGCACGCCUUGACUUAGAAGAAAUGGGUAUAAGAAGUGAACUUUAUCUUGAGGAGCUUGGUAGUGAUAAGACAUAUAAGCCACGUGCUUGCUUUGAAAUGACUACUAGUGAAAAAGAUAGUUUUUUGGAAGUUUUGAAGAGUGUAAGUGUGCCGGAUGGCUAUGCUUCAAAUGUAUCCCGCUGUGUUAAACUUAAAGAAUGCAAGAUUUCUGGGAUGAAAAGCCAUGAUAGUCAUAUCUUGAUGCAACAACUUUUUCCAAUAACUAUACGUGGAUCUUUGCCGGAUGAAGUGAGCAAAUAUUUGAUUGAGUUAUCUUGUUUCUUUAGGGAAAUAUGUUCCAAAGUAUUGAGUUUGGAAGAUCUUGAGAGUCUUCAGAAGAGAAUUGCGGUGACGUUGUGUGAAUUGGAAAGGAUAUUCCCUCCUUCUUUCUUUACAGUUAUGGUACAUCUACUCAUUCAUUUGACUGACGAAGCCAAGAUUGCUGGCCCAGUUCAUUAUCAUUGGAUGUAUCCCGUAGAGCGGUACUUGUCACGAUUGAAGUCCUAUGUUCGAAAUAAGGCUUGUCCAGAAGGUUGUAUUGCAGAAGGGUACUUGGCAGAGGAGUGCUUAACAUUCUGUUCACGAUAUUUCAAAAAUGUCGAAACUAUUUUCACUCGGCCCAUAAGGAAUGUUGAAGAAUCUACAGGUGCAGUGUUGAGCAUCACCUUAGAUUCAAAAUCAUGGACUCAAGCACAUCGUUAUGUGCUAUUCAGUUGUGAUGAAAUUACCCCAUUUCGCAUUGUGCACAGAGAUCAUUUAAAGAAACUUCACCCAAAUGUAGCUAAUGAUGUUAUUGAAAAGCAACACAUGGAGAGAUUUUGUCACUGGUUUAAGUACCAUGUUUUGUCAAUGGAUGUUGAUGAGAGGGAGAAACUUCCUAAAAAAGUUAUAUGGCUUGCUCGAUAUCCAGAUAAUGAAGUUAAACGGUUCAAGCGUUAUGUUCUAAAUGGAUUGAAGUUUCGCACCAAAGAUUCUGAGGUAAAUAGGAAAACUCAGAACAGUGGAGUUAGUGUCGCCACUGAAAGUGGCGUUACUUACUAUGGUGUCUUAACUGACAUUAUUGAGUUAAAAUAUUUUGAGAAAUUACAAUAUGUAUUAUUUAAAUGUGAAUGGUUUGAUGUGGAUAGUGGAAGGGGAUAUAAGACAGACAAGUUUGGUUUCCCUCUUGUCAAUUUUACAAGAUUGAUACAUAAGGGUGAUCGAUUGAUUGAUGAGUCGUAUGUCUUAGCUUCUCAAGCUUCACAAGUCUUUUAUGUGGAAGAUUCAAGACAUAAAGAUUGGAUGGCUGUUGUUAAAACAAAAGCUAGGGAUGUUUUUGAUGUUGGAACUGCUGCUUCAUCUGAUGAUGAUGUAGAUAACUUUUGUGAGAAUGUUCCUUAUAAUAUAACCAUUGAUAAUACACAUGAUGUAAAUGAAAAUCUUGCAUGGACUCGUAGACAUGUAGAAGGGACUAUUUAUGAAACACCGUUAUUUGUUGAGCGUGAAUUGGUUGAAGAUGACAAUAUAGAUGAUGAAGAGUUCAUUGAUGAUGUGUAUGAGUCCAAUGAUGAGUCUACUGAUGAUGAGAAUGAAGAUGGUGAAGAGCUCAAUGAUGGGUCCAAUGAUGAGUCGACUGAUGAUGAGAGUUAAUAUGUCAUUCAUCUUUCAUGUGUAUUUCUAUUUGCUUUGCUUUACUUGUGAAGAGUUUUAAAGUUAUCUUGUGUAAUCUUAUUUGCAUGUUUAUGAAACUAAGUGGUUAUGAAGUUAUUGUGUACUAUAGAACAAGUUUGUUUGUAAUCCUUUUUAGAUGGUUGUUGCUUGUUUCUUAAGAGGUUAAAGACUUAGUCCAUUUGUGUGAAUGAGGAUAUUGAUAGAGUUG